CCAAAGCCUUCACCGUCACCGCCCGGCCACUUUCCAUUCACUCCUAGGUGCUUAAUUGAGGGCUGGGGAGAAGCGCUCCUGGUGCCUUAGGAGUCCAGCUAUAAGGAUUAUUUUACAAAGGAGCCGGGAGUACCUUUGCGACCACCGGGAGGAGAGACUUUUCUUUAUUUUUUUUUUAUUUUUCCCCCCACAAUGAGCCAGGUUUGGAAUUAAAAUGUUCUGGUAGCGGGAGUCGAGUCCAUAAACUGAUAGAAACCGGACAGAAAUCUGUAUUACUGGUUCCUCCAAUAGCUGGGUUUCAUUUCUUGGAUAUUAAGUUGCAAAUCUGAAGAGAUGGCAUUUCUUGCACUGCACGUGUUGAUUGGGAUAUUUAUUUACUUUAGCAGUGUAAAAGGAUCUUCCCAGCCUCAAGCAAGAGUGUUUUUAACAUUUAAUGAGCUGCAAGAAACUAAGACCUCCGAAUAUCACAGAAUAUCCCACAGUCCCCUGGAUUACAGGAUAUUAUUAAUGGAUGAAGAUCAGGAUCGGAUCUACGUGGGCAGCAAAGAUCAUAUUCUGUCUUUGAAUAUUAACAAUAUAAGCCAGGACCCUCUCAGUAUUUUCUGGCCAGCGUCAGCAAACAAGGUUGAAGAGUGCAAAAUGGCUGGCAAAGAUCCUACACAUGGCUGUGGAAAUUUUGUGCGUGUGAUACAGUCGUACAAUCGCACACACCUGUAUGUCUGCGGCAGCGGCGCCUUCAGCCCCGUGUGUGUGUAUGUCAACAGAGGGCGCAGGUCCGAGGAACAAAUCUUCAAGAUCGACUCCAAGUGUGAAUCAGGAAAGGGACGCUGUUCUUUCAACCCUAAUGUGAACACGGUGUCUGUUAUGAUCAAUGAAGAGCUUUUUUCAGGAAUGUAUAUUGAUUUCAUGGGGACGGAUGCGGCUAUUUUUCGGAGUCUGACCAGGAGGAAUGCAGUGCGAACCGACCAGCACAACUCCAAGUGGCUGAGUGAGCCUAUUUUUGUGGAUGCUCAUGUUAUCCCAGACGGCACUGACCCCAACGAUGCCAAAAUCUACUUCUUCUUCAAGGAGAGACUCACAGACAACAGCGGCAGCACAAAGCAAAUUCAUUCAAUGAUUGCAAGAAUAUGCCCCAAUGACACAGGUGGUCAGCGUAGUCUCGUGAACAAGUGGACAACAUUCUUGAAAGCAAGACUUGUGUGCUCAGUAAUGGAUGAAGAUGGAACAGAAACGUACUUCGAUGAAUUAGAGGAUGUAUUUCUUUUAGAGACAGAUAACCCCAGAACAACGCUUGUGUAUGGAAUUUUUACAACAUCAAGCUCCAUAUUUAAAGGCUCAGCCGUGUGUGUGUAUCAUCUAUCCGACAUCCAGACUGUGUUCAAUGGGCCAUUUGCACACAAAGAGGGCCCAAACCACCAGCUGAUUCCAUAUCAGGGCAGAAUUCCGUACCCGCGACCUGGCACUUGUCCGGGAGGAGCCUUCACACCUAAUAUGCGGACAACCAAAGAGUUUCCAGACGACGUUGUGACCUUCAUCAGGAAUCACCCUUUGAUGUUUAAUCCCAUUUACCCAAUACACAAGAGGCCAUUAAUCAUCCGGAUAGGAGCUGACUACAAGUAUACAAAGAUUGCUGUGGAUCGAGUGAAUGCUGCUGAUGGAAGAUAUCAUGUCUUGUUUCUUGGAACAGAUCAAGGAACCGUACAAAAAGUUGUUGUCCUACCCACCAACUUCUCUGCAAGUGGAGAACUCAUUUUAGAAGAGCUGGAGGUUUUUCAGAGUAAUUCUCCUAUAACAACAAUGAAGAUUUCAUCUAAAAAGCAACAGUUGUACGUGAGUUCAGAUGAAGGGGUCACCCAAGUAUCCUUGCAUCGCUGCCACAUCUACGGGACCGCCUGUGCAGACUGCUGCCUAGCCCGAGAUCCAUACUGCGCCUGGGAUGGCAACUCCUGCUCCAGGUUUUAUCCCACAGGGAAAAGGAGGAGUCGUAGGCAAGACGUGAGACAUGGAAACCCUCUGACUCAGUGCCGAGGUUUCAACCUGAAAGCAUACAGAAACGCUGCAGAAAUAGUUCAGUAUGGAGUGAAAAACAACACCACCUUUCUCGAAUGCACACCCAAAUCUCCUCAGGCUUCUAUUAAAUGGCUGCUACAGAAAGACAAUGACAGGAGGAAAGAGGUCAAGCUGAAUGAGAGGAUCAUAGCUACUGAGCAAGGACUCCUCAUUCGCUCUGUCCAAGACAGCGACCGGGGGCUUUACCACUGCAUCGCGACAGAGAACAGCUUCAAGCAGACCUUAGCAAAGAUCAAUUUCAAAGUGUUGGAUUCAGAGAUGGUGGCCUUCAUGACUGACAAGUGGUCCCCUUGGACCUGGGCCAGCUCGGUGCGAGCACUGCAGUUCCACCCAAAGGACUUUGUGGGAGCUUUCAGCCACUCAGAAAUGCAAAUGAUUAACCAGUACUGCAAAGACAGUAGACAGCAAGGUCAGCAGAGGGAAGAAUCCCAGAAGAUGAGGGGGGACUACAGCAAACUAAAGGCCCUCAUCAAUAGCAGGAAAAGUAGAAAUAGAAGGAAUCAAUUACCUGGAUCUUAAUUUUAUUUUGUAGUAAUAGGUACCUUUGUCCUCACUGUAGGGGGCUUAUAUUUGUCUAUUGAGAGCAAAUUUGAGCAAAUCUGAUUAAAAAUUAAAUGAAAGUCCAACAAGCCUCAGAAAAGAUCCAUCUCCCAAUAAAAUGCAGUGUAACUUAACUAAAGAAAAUAAUUCAGAGCAUUUUCUUUUCUAGAUGCUUACUGACACUAGGUUAGGCUCUGUCCUAGAAACAGAACUGGGUAUUCAUCUUAAACCAGAUUCACCUUUUAACAUGUCAGUAUUUAAUUACAGCUGAAUAGAAAUUUUUACAAAAUCAAUGCAUUAUCUUGCAACUCUGGAACUGUACCAACCAGACUGGUGGUGAAAGAAUCUGGGGUAAGAUGCAUGCUCAAAGUAGGAUGGUACUAAGACUUCCUUGCACUGCAUUUAAGAACAUGAGUUUCUUCUUGUUUACUGUUCAAUAUUGGGUUUACAGCUUUCACUCAUUGUUCAAAUCAUGUGAAUGCAUGCCGAUAGGAAGCAAGUACAGUAUAGUAGAAAUGUUUCAUUCAUUCAGAAGUCAAAUGAAGGAACGAGUAGAAGAAAAACAAACAAACAAACACUUUGUUAGAGGAAACACUGAUUAUUGUGCAUAGUAUGAGUUGUAAUAAAUUAAUGAGUUCUGGAAUGUAACUUAAAAUAUCUCUGCUCAUAUUGAUUCUUAUUAAAAUAGGGUAUCCUGUAACACUACAUAGCUUUAUAAGUGGCACAAAGCUAGCAUGAGAAUGUUCAUUAUACAUACAAUUUUGAAAAACACCUAAGUGACUUAGGUAUUUUAGCUAUUUUUCAAAGAAUUACACUCCAAUUUUUUUCAAAGGACAGAAUGUGGGUAUACUGUAUAGUGUUUACUCAGAAAUGAAAAACAUAAAUUAUCUUUAAUCUGUUCCAUGAUUAAAUUGGAGCUGGUCUGCAAUGUGGAAACAAGUCAUGAGUUUCUUUGAAAAUUUUAAAACAUUAUUUUUUCAACUGUUUUCUCAGUUGCAAAUAUUUUAACUAGAAUUUUUAAAUUAAACCAUUUCCAUUUUCCAGUCUUUACCCUUUUUCUUUUCAAUGUUGUUUUCACAAUUUCCUCUUAUUUUCAGUUUUCUGCUGAAAAGAAGAUCAGGAAAAGAACAGGAAAAAAAAAAGAAUGAGGGAAAAAUAAAACUGAAAAUGGGUUUGGGUCAAAAACCAAAAAGUAUAACAACUUGAGAGGCAUGUUUAAACAAAUAUUUCUAUUUGUUAAGAAGCAGCUGUCAGGUCUAAUGAAGUAUGUUUAGUUGAAAGUUGGGUAAAUGUGCAUCAAGCCAUCCUGGGAAAAACUAUCUUUUUUUUUUUUGAGCAACACUAAUGCCAAAAAAUAGGGACAAAUCUUCCUCAUUUUACUAUGUAAGAGUGUUCUGGAAGCCACCGAGUCUGUUCAAAGGAGAUAGAUAACAGAGAUUAAAAAUGUAUGAGUACCUUAGAAAAACUGUGUUUUUUUCCAUGAUAUUUUAUGAUAAUAUACAAAAAUAUAAACUAAUGUUCAGCUCAAAACUGAGCUAUGUUAAGCUCAAAAAAAAAAGAAAAAGAUAAAUUUCUGGAAAAAAAAUGGGGUGAAAAUAAUUUCUGAACCCAGAGAAGAUAAGAAAAAAUAUUUUUUAAAAGUUGUUAGUUCCAGCCAGUAACAGAUGGAUACUGUAUUUUAAAACAUAGUUUUAAACAUUUUAAUGGGUCUUUGUUGAAACUCUUUGGGCAUUAUUUUGAAUCUGCUUCUAUUAGAAUACUCUGGGAGUAACUCUACAGGGCAUAGGAGAACACCUCUGGAUUUGUGCCAGUGUGAAUUAAGAUCUAGUGCAAUGGAGGUAACUCUGGUAUUUACCUGAUAGCAGUUGAUGUGUCACUUUAUCACCACCUGAUGCAGAAUAGCUGGGAAAUGGGCCCUGAUUGAUCAGACCGCUUAAACACUAAGUCCCUUUGACGCUGGUGGCAGCUCUUUGAAUUUAAUUUGUAUGCUUACUGCUUGCUUCAAAGGGGAUGGCAAUGCCAGCCUGCUCAUAUAUUGCCAUCGAGUUAAGUGCUUUCCUUAAUCAAGGCCUAAAUGCAUAUUUCUGCAAUAUGUAGCCACUGGUAUCUAAGGUCCUUCUAAUGGAAACCAUCAGGAAACUCUCUUUGACUUCAGUGAGCUUGGAUCUGGCCCCAAGAGCUGGCAAAGCAGACUCUGGAGAAAAAAAAAAAAGGAAAAUGAGAUGGGUAAGGGAAAAUAAGGUUUUUAUUUCUUUUUUCCCCAGCUGACUUUCAGUGCAGCAAACUACUUUUUUUUUCUGAGGAUGACUGACUUCUGAAGUGUGUGUGACAAACCAAAAAUCGAGUGCCACAAAAUAGAACUACCUCCUGGAAUGACAUUAGUGCAUAUACUCUGUAUGCUGCCAUGCUCUUCCUAUUUCCCCAGCAGAUUCACUGCAGAGUUCCUGUGAUAUUAAUGUCUAUUGUGAGGAUCGUAAUUGCUUCCAGAUGGAAUACAGUGAUUAAUAGGUAUUUAAGGGUACAAUUUACCCUUUAAGUAGUUAGGUACAGUGAUAUUUUAAUAGGCCCCCAUUAGGCCUCAGAAAUUAUAGUUACACUGUUUUCUAAUAGAAUAUUGGCAAUAAGGGAUUCCGUUAAAACAAUCAGCAUAGCUCAGAGUUUCAUAUGAUUAUAAAAUAAUAUUUUUAAAGCUGCUUCGUAUACCAUUAUUAUGGUAUGACUGUUUAAGGGAUUAUACUUAAACUAACAUUUUUCCUGCUGCAUGAAAACUUCAGCAUAUAUAUAAUAGGCUUCUGUCAGUGCGUAACCAGUCCAAGCUUCCAUGCUUUAGCAGCCUUCCCCUGUGUAUAGAGUAGUCAGGAGCCAGAUACUCAGCUGGUAUAAACUAAUGUAACUUCCUUGCUGUCCAUUUAGCUACUGUGGUUUAUACCAGCUGAGGGUUUGGCCCUAAAUGUACAGAACAGACAAACUGCAAUUUUUAUUUGUUUAAAGUAGCCCCUCUACUGUAGGCAACACCAAAACUUAAGACUGUAAUAUUGUUUGUGCUAUUUAAUACUUCCUAUUUUAAGGAUUACUAAAUAAUGUAUAUAAUUUUAUUCCUUAAAAAAUACAAAAGCAAAAUGACUUCUAGGCAUAACUUCACCAAAUGUAAAGAUAUGUUCUCUGCUAAGAACUUCACCAUGUACUGAUAUUUUUUUGGCUAUUUUUAUUUUUUGUAGUUUGUAAAGUUUGCUGAAAUCUUGACCUAACAAUGUGUUCUUUGCAAUUGUUGUUACUGUAGAUAUGCGUGUUUUAUUAAGAAAAUCUUGUUGUUAAAAGUGUAGGUAUGUGUAUAAGUUCCUAGCAUGAUGAAACUGUCAUUACAGUGAAUAUGCAUUAUAUAGUGUGUAAGAAAGAACAAAAUGUAGUUUAACAUAGUGCUAUUUAAUUGAAUAUCUAAAAUACUAUUUGCCUGACAAAAUAAAGUGUGUUGCAACAACUUAAAAA